UCAACGGGAAGUUUCACAUCACACGGCUCACUCCGGUGUCGGCUGAUCAGGGAUCUGUUAUUCCACACGACUGUUUUGUAUCUUUCGCUGUAUAAAUAAAUCUCGGACGCGGGUGAGCGCAUUUCAUUGGUAAAGUUCAUCUCGGGCGUAAUUCCCUCGGUUACACGAUUAUGGUUUUUUAUGCCUGUCUGAUUUACGCUUAAUGCCGAACUUCAUCGCUAAUCAUGUACGUGUACUAUCGCAUUCCCAAUGUGACGGACGAGACGGUGUACGCCCCUGGGGAGCCGCGUAUCUACAGCCGCAAUGACAGUCUAUGGGACAUUGCGGUCAACCAUCACCGCAACGAAUGGCUGGCCGAUCCCUUUGCCCACUAUGUCUACUGCAUUUUCGUCUCCCUGCUCAGUGUAGUGGGAACCAUCGGGAAUAUACUGAUUGUCCUUUCGCUGCUGCUCAUGGAUGCUCUGAAAAAAAUCCAGCCGAUAUUUAUUGUGAAUUUGUCGUUGACAGACUUGGUCAUCACCGCUUUCGUCAUGCCCAUUAAUAUUUUAGGUGCGGUGCAGGGGCCUUAUUACUGGCGCGGCAAAAGCUGGCUGUGUGAUUUUGAAGGAGCUGUGUGCGCGACCGCCUGUACGGCAUCGGUGUGGUGCAUUAUGGGUAUUGCGGUGGAAAGGUAUUUCUCCAUUUGCCACAUCUCCUGGUACCAGCGCAUCUACACCCCGAUGAACUCCAUCCUGAUGAUGCUGACCAUCUGGGUGGUGUCCUUCCUCAUCUGGUCACCGCAACUCAUGGGGUGGGGCGUGGUCAACUACACGCCGGAUUUCUACAUCUGCACGGCGGAUCUGCGCCGCUGGACCUACUCCCUCUUCUGGGCGGUCUGCAGUGUCAUCAUCCCCACCAGUAUCUGUUUCUACGCCUAUCUGCAGAUCUACCUGCGUAUCCGCAAUAGCACAUCUGGCCGGCAUCUGAUCGCCGGCCGGCGGAAAGCCACCAACACCGGCGCAACUAAUAACCGGCAUGCAUCGAUCAGUGGCCUAGCAGAAGAGAUCCGGCUGAUUAAGGCCCUCUUCCGUAUCUUUGUUAUUUUCCUGGUAUCGUGGACGCCGCUGGGAUUACUCUUCAGCUUCCGCUCCAUCUACCAGGCGCCCAAGUGGCUCAAUCUGGCCGCGUUGAUGCUGGCGCACGGGAACAGUGCCACCAAUGCCAUGGUAUACUUCUUUAUGACGGAUCAUAUUUACACCUCGGUGGCGGCCAUUCGCAGAGUGGCACGAAAGUGCUGUCCAGGAUCGGCAGCAGCUACAUUAGAUGAGCAUUCCAUUUCCAUAUUCCGCCGCAACAGCAGCCUGCACCAUUCCCAGAGCGGUAGCAAGAAGAUCGCACCAUCGCGUUUCGCCCGCCCCGGACCACGCGCUCCCAACACCGUCGCUGUCGACUGCAACCUUUCCCAGGAAAAUCUUGGAUUGCGAAACGUCCGUCCAAUAUUACCACUUAUCACAAAGGUAUCACCGGAACAUGUCUGCCAUCCGAAACCGGAUGCUGACGCCUCGGCUACGCUUACCAACAAUACGGGUUCAACUACGGCUGAUAGUUGACCCGUACUCGUUUCGAGAUCUUAUUUACUAAUUUCAGAUUUCAUUCAGUUGCACAAGAGUAAUUGGAUUGUCAGUCUGAAUGAAGCACAAUUGACAUGUUCAUGUUUUCUUCUUGCCUGGUCGUUUACACAGAAUAUGCCGUCAUAUCCUGUAUUUUUAUAUUUUUUAUUUUGUGCACCUAAACUCGCCACAAUGUUGCUUGAACUGCCUGGCC